ACACGGUGAAGCAGAUCAAGUGACAAAGAAGGCGCCUUAACAAUUUCACGGUAUACAUCAACGAAACGUGAGAGAUAUGCUUGGAUUUGCGAUGAAGUUAUGGAUGGGAACGCUUCCCGUUGCCUUCCUGCUUGCAAAAGGUACAUCAAGGCAAGAAAAGUUGUCAGAAACACAAAAACUCCGCUGUUACAAAUGUUAUUCACCAGAAUCAUGGGAUAACUGCCGUGAAAAUCUAACAGCAGUUGAGUGCACUCGCCAAGGUGACAUCUGUUACAAGAUAAAGCGAACAAGCGGGGAGGGAUCCCAAAGCAAAAACCUGAAAGUGAUUUACGCCAAGGGUUGCAACAUGCCUAACGCAUGCUCAGGCGAGGAAUGCAAAGAAAACAACUGGCACUGCGAAGUCUCUUGUUGUAACACAGACUUCUGUAACGGAACUGUCCAAAUGUCAGGAAAUUUCCUUCUUAUUAUCGCAUCCUUAAGUCAUGCCUUUGAACUCAUUUUUUAUUUCUAAGGUAAGGUAAACCGGGUAUAACAGCGUAUUUCGAUGGAGUUUCAUCAAACUAAGAUCAAAGAAGACCACAAUGGCCAAUCAAAACUCUUCAAAAUAUCACAAGGAGCCAAUAAGAACUCAAGCCGCAAAAACAGUCACACCGACCAAAGUGUUGAACAAUGCAACUCCUGAUUUCUUUUCUUUUUCUU